AUGCGAGUGGCAGCGCUUGAUGACUCGAAAGUUACCGUCGAGGUGGCGAAGCAGUCAUUCGCAGAUCGCAUACCACUGCAACGAUAUGGUGAUCCGGAGGAAGUGGCCAAGAUGAUGCUGUUCCUCGCCAGCGACGACAGCAGUUUCUGCACGGGAGGCGUCUACAUGGUAGAUGGUGGAAGAUCGGCAGGCGGCCGCUAG